AUGGUGGAAGUCAAAGACGGUGUUUUGCAGGUAGCAGAAGCUUCCACUGUCCUAGUUUCAUUCGACUUCACUCGUACCUCUGCCCAGAGGUGGCUGUUGAACCUGGGAGAGAGCAUGGGGCUGGCCUCAGAGAAGGAUUUCUUAAAGACUGUGGAAGGGAGGGAGCUGCAGAGUGUGAAGACCUCAAAAUGCCCCACGGAACUCACCAUCCCUUUGAUCAAGAAUGGUCAUCACAGGCAGCCCCAGGCCCAGCUCCCUGGGCCAUCCGUGGAUAUUGAUGCCUUGGUGGGUGGGGCGCUGUCCCAGGCCAUGAAGGAGCUCUUUGAGGAAUCUAAGAAGUCUCUGGAGGAGAGAGAAAACAUAGGUGUCAACCACACCCUCGCUAUCCCCAUGAUCCAGAAAGGAUGCACCCCCAGUGGGGAAGGGGCAGACAGCAAACCCCAGGCUGAGAUGGUGCCAGAGGAGGUCGAUUAUGAGGCAGUCCUUGUGGAGGCCUACGGUCUGGCCAUGCUGCAGGACAUGGGCUGGAAACCUGGUGAGGGCAUCGGCCACACCUUCGGUCAAGUAGUGAAGCCCCACAUCAAUUCACUGAGGCCCAAGGGGUUAGGGCUGGGCACCUGCCUGACAAAGACCCAGAAUUUGGUCCCUACCAUCCCCUACCACCUGCCAAGGCCAGAUGAAGAGCAAGAGAAGGAAGAGGAAGACCAGCCUCAAGGGCUGGUGCCUGGACAAGCUGUCAUGGUGCUUUCUGGCCCUCAUCGAGGCCUCUAUGGGAAGAUGGAAGGCCUGGAUCCUGACAACGUUUGGGCUAUGGUUCAUCUGGCAGUGGGUGGCCAUAUGGUGACUGUUAGUGAGUAUUGCCUGCAGCCUGUCACUCAGGAUGAGUUUGAUAAGUCUCUAGAUCUCAGCCAGGUGAGCAAAAGUUCCCCAGGGCAACAGCAUGGAACAGACUCAUCUUGGAAGUCCCUACAGAAUCAGGACCUCCAUGUCCAGUGGGAAGACUCAGAGAGAAAGUGGAAACACCUUCCAGACAGACAGGAUGGGCCUCCAGCCAAGAAAGGGAAAGCAGCCCCCAGGAGUCAACACUGGUUGCACAGGGAUCUGCAUGUGUGGUUUGUGGACAAGCUGUACAAAGGCAGCCAGUAUUACAACACCAAGAUGAUGAUUGAAGAUGUCCUGAGCCCAGAUACAUGUGUGUGUUGGACAGAUGAAGGCCAAGUCCUGGAAGACCUGAGAGAACGCAUGCGGGAGACCCUGGUUCCCAAGACGGAGGGCAGCUGAGUGAUGGUGGUGCUGGGGCCACAGGCUGGAAGGGUGGGACACCUGCUGGGCUGGGACAGGGCACGGAGCCGGGCUUUGGUGCAGCUACAGAAGGAGAACCAGCUGGUGGAGCUUCACUGUGAUGCUGUGUGCCAGUACAUGGGCCCCAGUGACACAGAGGAAGACUGA